GACUCCAGAAAGAUUUUUAUUUUUAUCAUCAUGCCUAUAAAGUAACAGCACACAGAUUCACAGUUCUUACAAAAGUGUCGCCCUUUACAGACAAAACUAGUUUCUUCUCUCUCUUGAUAUCGCCACUCUCUCUAUCUUCAAUCCCCUCAUCUUCUACUUCUCAUCGUGAACUCUGGCAAGCGUUUCUUGGGCUUUUUUUGAUUCCGAUAUUGGCAAGGACUCAAGAUUUUGAUCCGUUUGUGCUGCCUUUCUAGAUCAAGAUUCAAGAAAUUUGUUCGGUUGAUCGACUGGGCGAUUAGAGAUGGGUAUAUACCUCAGUACUCCUAAAACAGAGAAAUUUUCCGAAGAUGGAGAAAACGAUAGGCUGAGAUUUGGUCUGUCGUCCAUGCAAGGAUGGCGUGCUACAAUGGAAGAUGCUCAUGCUGCAAUUCCCAAUUUGGAUAAUUCCACCUCAUUCUUUGGUGUUUAUGACGGCCAUGGAGGUAAGGUGGUUGCCAAAUUCUGUGCUAAGUACCUUCAUCAGCAAGUGCUGAAGCAUGAAGCAUAUUUAGCUGGUGAUAUAGGGACUUCUGUUCAGAAAGCCUUUUUCAGGAUGGAUGAGAUGAUGCGUGGGCAGAGAGGCUGGAGGGAGUUAGCUGUUCUGGGAGAUAAACUAAACAAGUUUAGUGGCAUGAUAGAGGGUCUGAUAUGGUCUCCAAGAGGUGGUGACAAAAAUGACCAAGUUGACGACUGGGCAUCUGAGGAGGGACCGCAUUCUGAUUUUUCCGGACCGACUUCCGGUAGUACUGCUUGUGUUGCAAUUAUUAGGGAGAACCAACUUGUCGUUGCAAAUGCUGGCGAUUCUCGCUGUGUGAUUUCUAGGAACGGUCAGGCAUACAAUCUUUCAAGAGACCAUAAACCUGAUCUUGAGGUUGAGAGGGACAGAAUUCUAAAAGCAGGUGGAUUUAUCCAUGCAGGUCGUGUCAACGGCAGUUUGAAUCUUGCAAGAGCUAUAGGUGAUAUGGAAUUCAAGCAGAACAAGUUUUUGCCUGCCGAGAAGCAAAUUGUUACUGCUGAUCCAGAUAUCAAUAUUGUCGAACUUUGCGAUGACGAUGAGUUUGUCGUGCUUGCCUGUGAUGGCAUUUGGGAUUGCAUGUCAAGCCAACAACUAGUAGAUUUUAUACGCGAGCAGCUGAAAUCUGAAAGUAAGCUGUCAUUGGUAUGUGAAAAAGUACUUGACAGGUGCCUGGCACCUUCGACUGCCGGAGGCGAGGGUUGCGACAACAUGACCAUGAUUUUGGUGCAAUUCAAGAAACCUAUCCAGUCAGGUGCAACUUCAGGCGACAAACCAUCUACUUCUGAGGAAGCGCAAGUUGAGUCGGAGCCUGCGGAGACCGAACAACCGUAAUCUGCUGCAGAGUUGUUCAUAACAUUUGAACCUUAUUUGGGGCCGUGUUCAGAUGUUUCGAUCUUUACAUGUAUGUAUAAUUUUGUUGAUGCUGCAACAGUCGACAAAAACUCUUAAAAGGUUUGCUUUGGGCUCUUCUUCCCUUUAUACUUUGAUGAAUGUAGCAUUGUCAUUGUACAGAUAAUUCAACUCUGUUAAAUAUCAAUCAUUAGCAACUAACAUUCCUUACUGAAAA